AUGUCCUGCUGCUCCUCCAGCAUCAGCUCCAGCCGCGCCAUCAGGAAUUUCAGCUCUUCCUCUGCAGCUCUUCCCAGAAAUCAAUGUCAUUCCAGCACUGCCUCAUGUCACCGUGGUGUGGGCUACCGUGGUUUGGGCUACCGUGGUUUGGGUUACUUCAGCAGCAGAAGUCUUGAUGUUGUGGUACUCUCCCGGCCCAGAAUAGCUCUUGGAAGAUGUCCUCCUCCGAGACGUGGAAAUGGCUUCGGUGCAGCUGGCGUGGGGUUUGGCUACAGAGGUGCUGGCUUUGGCUACAGGAUUCGUGGAGUCUCCAGGCCAUGCACCAUCACACCCAUCACCAUCAAUGAGCAACUGCUCCAACCGCUCAGACUGGAUCUCGACCCCAAGGUGCAAACGGUGAAGUACCAAGAGAAGGAGCAGAUCAAGACCCUCAACAACAAAUUUGCUUCUUUCAUUGACAAGGUUCGACUCCUGGAACAGCAGAACAAGGUGCUGGAGACCAAGUGGAGCUUUCUGCAAGGUCAAAACCACUGCAAGAAUACCACCGUGCCCGCGUUAGAGGUUUAUAUCGGUAACUUGAAGAAGCAGCUGGAAGCACUGGGGUGUGAGAGAGCCCAGUUAGAAACAGACCUGAAAGCAGCACAGCAGGUUUUGAAAACCAAUAAGACAAUGCACAAGGACGAACACAGCCAGCGGAGGUGCACCGAGAGCGAGUUUAUUGCCCUGAAGAAGGACGCAGACUGUUUUUUCUUAAACAAAGCAGAGCUGGAAGCCAAGGUGGAGAGCCUGAAAGAGAAGGUUGAAUUCCUGAGAAUGUUCUACGAAGAGGAACGCCACCAGCUGCGGGCCCACAUCUCAGACACUUCGGUGGUCAUGCGGAUGGACAAUCGCCGAGAUCUCGACUUGGAUGGCACCAUCGCCGACGUCAAGGCUCAGUAUGAGGACAUUGCCCGCAGGAGCCGGGCAGAAGCGCAGGCCUGGUAUGAAAGCAAGUUUGAGGAGCUGCGAGUAGCUGCAGGCAGAAACGCUGACAGCCUGCGAGACUCAAAAAACACGAUAGCUGAGCUGACACGGACAGUCCAGAGACUGAAUGGAGAAGUCCAGAGCGCCAAGAACCAGCGCUGCAAGCUGGAAGACGCCGUGGCCAACGCUGAGCAGCGUGGGGAAGCCACCAUCAAGGAUGCAAAGCACAAACUCUCUGAGCUGGAGACGGCCCUGCAGCAGGCCAAGCAGGACAUGGCCCGGCAGCUCCGGGAGUACCAGGAGCUGAUGAACAUCAAGCUGGCCCUGGACAUCGAGAUCAUCACCUAUAGGAAGCUGCUGGAGGGAGAGGAGAGCAGGUGGGUGACAGCCGUCUGCCAUUCGCAGAGAGGUCUCACCUACAGCCCAGAGCCCGGCUUUGCCAGCGCCCAGGCGUCAGCCGACAGCAACCGGAGCAGCAGCGCGGGGUUCUGCGGCACAGCCGUGAGCUGCAACGCCGGCGUUGGCAGCAGGAGCGCGAGGAGCUCCUACACGAAGGUGGUGUCGGUGACCAAGUCAGCCAGGAGCAACGUGUAA